AUGACUAAAUUGAUUGCUGGAAAAGGGAAUAAUUUUCGACAGUUAAUAGAAUUAUGUAAAAAUAGUAAAUUUGUAGAUUUGAAUUUCAUUACCGGUUGUGUUGGGAGUUUCGCGCUGACUCCCAUUGGAAGAAUGUUGAGAAACAAUCUACGGGACGAGUUUCAACGCGGUGAUACCGAUACGGCAGUGUAUGAAGGAAAUUGUGGAAUGGAGCUAAAGGAAAAUUUGCAGUUUGUCAAGGAGUCUUUUUCUACCAACCUACCGUUUGGAAUUGCAUUCGAAAAACCAUUUUCUCAUGAGAAAAUUUUGUUGAACGAAACAUUGGAACUGGACCUUACAUCAGGUUCAUACCUUACACGUUCAUAUUUUGUUAAUCCUUCGAUCAGCAGAGAAUAUAUGUACAAAGUUCAGCGGCAACGUAAAAUUUGGUGGAUGAGAUUCGCAUCCGAUCCGGGAAGAUUUUCCAUAUCCGAUACACGCCAGGACCCGGUGAAUCGGAUACAAACUACAAACAUUCGAGCUUCACUGGGUGGAGAGGAACUUACUUUGGAGCGGCUAGAAUUGAUUCCUGGAAUGUCCAUACAUAAAGAGCUAGCAGGGUUUCAAGCCCGAAUAGGUCGUUCCAGUAGAAAGAUUACGCCGGACGUGAUAAGAAUUCAACAGUGUUUAGAACUGGCAACGUUAGAAGUCAUACUGGAUGCGUUUGAAACCGGUGGACUCAGUAGUGUUCGGAUCCAUCGGAAGCUGGCACCGUACAAGUGUGGAAUUGUCUGUUCGGUGGAAGAUCCUUCCCAUUUGGAGGAACUGCGAGACCUUGCCAAUCACCUUGCUAACGUACUACGGCGAGCCAACAUCACCGUUUUGGAUUGUUCUUCCCCAACGAAUGGAUCUGCAAAACGAACAUUAGCCAAACAGUUCAGUCAUCUGGACUCAAUUGGUGUUCCCUUCUGUUUGUUGCUGCGUGAUCAAAGCCUGCAAGCUGGACUACUUCAGCUACGAUCUAGAGAUACAACAAUCAGCGAAACAAUUCAUAUUUCCGAUUUGCCGCACUAUUUAUUCCAAAUCAUAACCAGUUAAAGUAAUAAAUAAGAUGAUUCAAAACUAAA